AUUGGGUUAGGACGACCAUUCAAAAAGAGUAGUUUUGGUAGAUUUGAGAAAUCAAAACAAGAAAAAGAAAGAUGGCUGGAUUGACGCUAGCAAUAGAGAUGCGUAGGAGGAGGAUUCAUAAUAGAAAACAACACUUUCAAGAGGACAAUCCUCACCAUGCCCACCCCUCAUACAGAUCAUUGCUCGAACCACCACCACCGAUCAUCACCACCACCACCACUGCUGCCACCAUGGAUGAGGCUGCCCUAAAAGCCCGCAAACGCCUGGAAGAGAAACUUGGUUGUUUCCGGCCUUCAAGUUCAAGGUUGAAUAGAGUUGACGCAAAUGAAGGUAGAGGCAAUAAUAGUUUGAGGACGAGGGAUAACCAUAACCAUGGUUACUUGGUUACAAGAAUACCAGGGAGACGAUGGCACUUCCAGAUCAACACAAGUAAAUCAAAAGGGCAGCUUUGUGCUGUAUGCUUGGAAGAUUUUCAUGUAGAGAAACAAGUCAUGCAACUCUCAUGCACCCACAAGUACCACUCUGAUUGCCUUCUUCCAUGGCUAGUUGACCAUCCCAAUUGCCCCAGCUGUCGAACCCCCGUUCCGUUAUGUGAUUUUGCUGGAAUAUGUGCAAAAAUAGGGUCUCGCAUCAAAUAAAAAAUAAAAGAGAUACUUACAAAAAAAAAAGAAAAAAAAAA